GCGGGAUUCGUUUCACAACCACUUGUUGCCUCCCGCUUUGAGUUGCUAGGCUAGAAAGUAUUGUUCUCUCUUAACUGCAUUUUUUAUCGAGAAAGCUUUCUUUUAAGUUUGUAUGUUCCAGUUUCUUGUAGUAAACUCUGUUUGCUUCCUUUUAGAAACCAGGAAAAGUGUUGUCAUUAUUUUCUAGCCAAGUGUUGUGAAGGCUGUCGCCACAGUCUGAUAAAACCUUUCCGGGACGAUAAAACCCGACAUUCUCAAUUCUUGAUGGUGUCGGUCGAAGACGCAUCAGCGGUGGAGCCCGCCAAGAUUCAUUGUAUAACAAACGUGAACAAUUUUUCUCAAACUACUACAGUUCACUUUGAUGGAGAUCAUUCAGCAAAAGCUGAGAAUUCUAUUAGCAGUUCCUCCAUUGCUGAUACGAAAGAACCCCCAAAGCCAUUACUUUCAUUGGAAGGUGUUUGCCAAACUGCUGGUUUCAUCAACAGUCAGAAUCAACAAGGGAAAUUUCCUGGCAAUGUUCGCUUUGUGGUUCAACCAGUACCAGAGGACAGUAUUGGUAAAGCAGAUAAUGGACCAGAAGAAGAAAACAAACACCAUUAUCUUUCAGCCAACUCCUUUACCUUCCCUGGUGCCGAUGUGUCUGCAGAUGACAUCAAUGGACAUUACAAUUAUUGGGGUUCUGAUCCCCAAGCUCAGUUGACGGUCCGGUCGAUGGCUUCUAUCGGGUUAGGUUCUUCAAAUGGCAGAAAAAUCCACCUACGUAGGGUCCAUACUACGGGCGCUGAUUUGGUAUCUCCACUUUUACUUUGUCCUAAUGGCGAAACUAUCCAGACACCGUGGACCUUUCCAACUAUAACAAAGAACAUGAGUGGGAUGCUGGAUGGGCCAGUGGAAGACGGAUCAAGCAGUGAUGAAUCUUAUUCCGACACGAGGAAAAACAAGAAUAAAUUACGAGUCAGAAGACGUCGCCAUAGUUUACGAACGGAUCGCUACACUGGCCAGACAUGGGGCUCUAAGGUGGAAUUUCUGCUGGCCUGUGUUGGUUUUUCAGCCGGCCUUAGCAAUAUUUGGCGGUUCCCUUAUACCGCCUUCAAAAGCGGAGGAGGAGCGUUUCUCAUUCCUUACUGCAUCAUGGUCUUCCUGUGUGGAAUCCCAAUGCAGAUAUUAGAGUUGGCGGUCGGCCAGUAUACGCGGGAGGGCCCCGUCGAAGCUAUGAGAAACAUUUGCCCACUUUUCUCAGGUGUUGGAAUCGGCAUGGUACUCUUUAGCAUGCUGCUUAGCUCAUACUACAGUGUGGUGAUGUCAUGGGCCAUGCUCUACCUUGGCUCGUCUUUCACUUCACAGCUUCCAUGGACCCAUUGCAACAACACUUGGAACACGGAAUUCUGUCGCCAAGCAGGUUCACUGUCUGUUUCUGCCCGUUCGAACGAAAACGUCACUGGAGUCCAACGGCUUAUAGCCAUGGAGUUUGUCAACAGUUCAACUCUCAUGAGGACUCCCGGCCAAGAAUUCUUCGACCGUAGAAUUCUGCAAAUGACGGACAAGGUGACCGAUAUGGGUGAGGUCCAUCUGGAGUUGGCAAUCUGCUUGCUGGUCGCAUGGGUCUUACUUUUCGUAACAAUUCGUAAAAGUGUCCGUUGGUCAGGUAAAGCGGUUUACGUCACGGCCACCCUCCCAUACUUUUUGUUAUUGGCACUGACUGGCAGAGCAUUAACUUUGGAUGGAGCUGACGAUGGAUUGCGUUACUUCUUUCAUCCAGAUUGGUCAAUCCUGCUCAGCUCGGAGGUUUGGGUAAACGCUCUUGCACAGGCUUUCAUGUCGAUGGGCAUCGCUUAUGGAUGCUUAAUGGCUUUCGCCAGUUAUAACCGCUUCCACAAUCCCUUGAUUCGCGACGCCCUAUGCCUGAGCGUUCUGAACUCAUUAACGUCGUUAAUAGCCGGCAUCAUCGUUUUUGCCGCCCUUGGUCACACCGCCCUUGUGUACAACAUGCCGAUCGAUGAGGCCGCCACUGACGGUUUGAGCUUAUCGCUGGUGAUGUAUUCAACUGUGGUAUCACAAAUGCCAUUCCCCCAAUUUUGGAGCGUCUUUCUGUUUGUCAUGUUUAUUUUCCUCGGAUUGGAUACCCAGUUCGCCACAGUGGAAGUAGUUCUUUUGACAUUACACCGCUUCACCAAGCAAUUUUGUAACAAGAAAGCGGUUUUGAUGCCUGACCUCGUUGUGGUUGGCAUGUGCAUGGCGUGCUUCGUCGGAGCCCUUCCUUACAUCACGCAGGGCGGAAUCUAUCUGAUGCACCUGACAGAUUAUUAUGUAGCAACCGUGGCUGUUAUUUUGCUAGCACUGGUUGUGGCGUUUGCAACCGGCGUCCUUUACGGCGCCAGCCGUUUGGCUCGUAACAUAAGAGAAAUGACAGCCCACAGUCCAUCUCCACUCUUGAUCAUUUGCUGGUUGGCUUUAACGCCCUUAACUAUUCUGGGGGUGUGCAUUUUCCAUUUAUGUGACCUUAAAGGGCUAGUCUACCAUCACGGUACAUACGUCUUUCCCGAAUGGACGGCUAUCCUAGGCUGGUCCGUCUUGGCUUUUAUCCUCGUACCUGUUCCGCUUUUUGGCAUUGUUGCCAUUUCGCAAGCUAAUGGAAAAUCUAUCUUUCAGAAAAUUGGGAACUCGAUGAAAUCGCAAAUUGCCGAGUGUCCUUGCUGCCUCCGUGGUGUUCACGGACUGAAAGAUACCCAUUCCAUGGUUCAUUUGGACAAUGAAGUUAAUGGCGGCCCGCCUUCUGCCUUCACAUUUGCCGAAUUUGCAGAAGUAGCUUACCCCGAAGAUGGGUCAUAUACGGUCACGUCAGCCUCAUCGCUACCGUUUACACCUUCAACGCUUAACUCUCCUCUGACGCCCAUUCUAACCGUCCAGUACCCGUCAGACGAAGAGAGUUCGCACAUACUGGCAACCUCAGUUGAAAGUCACCGGUAUCAGACGGAUUGAAUGAGCUUGCGUCGUUAGGUCUCUAGGGCUAAUCUUCUCCAAUUUGUCUCCAUAAUUUUUUGCGUUUUCAUUUUCGAUGUUACGGCGAAAGGGUAGACAUCAGCGUUGCUUUAGUAUUCUUUUAGUCCCUGUCUGAAACCGAAUACUCUUCUCUCAUUCGAUGGUGGGACCCAAACGAAUAUGUUCUAUGCUGGGCGAAUGUGUCGACCGACAAUCCCAAUUCUUUUAUUGAAAAAAACCCACAAAAACCCCCCAAAAAACUUUACGUAGGUGACGUUCCUUUUCUUUCUCCGAAUUUCUAGUUGAAAUCCGUUUUCCUUUGUAAAGUACAGAAUUUAGAUUUUUAAAAGUUAGGAAAGAGGCGAGUAGAUUCGUGUGGACGGUACCCAGUAACAAACCUCCUCCUACCACAAAUCUAGGAAUCAUAAUAGCGAUUGCAUCAUAUUUAGUUUAUUAUUAAGACAUGGCAAUAUUUCGUGCCGCCGGCCGAUCAAUGAUGUUUAUCACCCGACCUCUAGCAGACAACUGCUGUAUUUGGUAGUACUCCACUAAUGCUGUCUGUUUACGUAUUACCUUUUUUUUUAUUAUUUUAAUUGACAGUUUGAUUCUGGAGAAAUAAUACAAACCAUCACUCUUGAA